AUGGCGGACAUCAUCAGAGACGCGCCCAUCGGGCAGCUAAUCCGAUACAUCACCGGCAAUCGAGUCCUGCUGUAUCCCGAAGAGCGCGACGACUUCACCUGCCCGAUGAGCUACUCGCAUCCCGAAGCAGCACAAAAGGCGCAUAAGCUGUCCACCGUCUCUUCGUCCCUUGGCGCCACUCCUAUGGAAGAAAAGGAAAAGGCCAACCUCGAGCCAGCAGAGGAGCCGGAAGAUGUCGAGAAGGCCAAUCUGGAGCCAGCGGAAUCCGACACGCCAUACGAAGCACCACGGGCGCUCAACCGAGAAGUGCUGGAGCGUAUGGACACGGAGAAGUCGCACAUGCAGCAGGAGGGUGUGGCGAGGCGCGCGACUACGGCUAGCACGCUUGGACGAGUGAGCACCAGGACGGCCCUCGAGCAGGCUCACACCCGCGCAGACCUCGAGGCAGCCUAUGAGGCGGCUUAUGUGGCGUCCAUCACUAAGGAGGUUUCGCAGCCGAUUGUACCCCAAAGGACGAGCGAAGGCGACAUUCUCGUGGACUGGUAUACCACCGACGACGCCGAGAACCCCCAGAACUACUCUCAGGCGAAGAAGGCGCUCGUCUCGGGCAUGAUCUGUCUCUACACCCUGGCUUUCUAUAUGGGUAGUGCGAUCUACACACCAAGCGCACCUUAUUUGAUGGAGAUCUACGGCGUGAGCCAGGAAGUGGCGUCGCUCGGCCUCUCACUCUACGUCCUUGCCUACGGUCUGGGUCCGCUUCUCUUCUCGCCUCUGAGCGAGAUCCCAUCCAUCGGCCGCAACCCGCCUUACAUGGUCAGCUUCGGCAUCUUCGUGAUCCUGUGCAUCCCUACUGCGCUGGUCGACAACAUCCCCGGCCUCCUCGUGCUCCGGUUCUUGCAAGGCUUCUUCGGCUCGCCGUGUCUUGCCACCGGUGGCGCUUCGCUCCAAGACCUUUACUCCCUGAUCAAGCUACCAUACGUGCUCUGCAUCUGGGCUUUCGCAGCAACCUGCGGCCCAGCACUGGGCCCCGUAAUCAGCGGUUUCUCAGUCCCGGCAGAGUCAUGGCGUUGGUCACUGUGGGAGAUCCUCUGGAUCAGCGGCCCCAUCUUCCUCUCCAUGCUGUUCUUCCUCCCGGAGACCUCGAGCGCCAAUAUCCUGCUCCAUCGGGCGCAGCGUCUCAGGAAGCGGACCGGUAACCAGCAUCUCAAGUCGCAGUCUGAGAUUGACCAGGCGAACACCACUACCAAGGAGAUCGUCAAGGAGGCGAUCUACCGUCCAGCUCAGCUCAUCUUCCAGGAUCCAGCUAUUGGGUUUACUGCUGGUUAUGUUGCGCUGUGCUAUGGCAUAUACUACUCCUUCUUCGAAGCCUUCCCGCUCGUCUACAUCGACCUCUACGGCUUCAACCUUGGCGAGAUGGGCUUGACGUUCCUCAGCAUCACCGUCGGCGUGAUCCUCGCCAUCAUCGCCUACUACGCCUGGAUCUAUUUUGUCGUCGAGCCAAUUAUCCGGCGUGAAGGCCUCGGAGCUCCAGAACGAAUUCUCAUUCCCGCCAUGUUCGCCUCGUUCUUCCUGCCGGCUGGACUGUUCAUCUUUGGCUGGACGGGGGAUGGGAAGAUUCAUUGGAUCGUCAGUUGUGUCGGCAUCAUGAUCUUCACCAUCGGCGUCUUCAUCUUGAUGCAAUGCAUCUUCGUCUACCUCCCCUCCGUCUACCCGCAAUACGCCGCCUCUCUCUUCGCCGGCAACGACGCAGCGCGCUCCUUUGUCGCUUUCGCUGCGGUUAUGUUUGGACACCCGAUGUACACAGGCAUGGGCAUUGGAGAGGCGUGCAGUCUGCUCGGUGCGCUAACUGCGGCGUGUAUUGGCGGGAUUUUUGUGCUGUUCUUUUUUGGAGCGAAGUUGAGGGCUAGGAGCAGGUUCUCUGCUAAGUGA